ACUGAGGUUUGAAGAAGAAGACCGACAUGUGUGCACAUGGUAAAACGCCUACCCCUCCCUCCCUCCCUCCUAUUUGAGAGAGACCCUUUCUAAAAUUCCUCAGUCUUGAGACUCUAUCCUAUUAUUGCCUAUUAUUAUACUCCUACGUGCAUACCUUCAUACCAGUACAUUUACAGUAUUAUUUAUCUUCUGCCCAUUAAAAAAAAUGAUAUCUUCUUUGCAUAGCUCCGACUAUGGAAUCUGAUCCGGUCUCUCUCCGGCAAGUUUUUUACUCGGCUCUUCUACCUGAAACAUUUCUCCGGCCAAUCACAAGAUCUCUGACCUAGUCUCCGACAAGGGAAUUGGGAAGCUAAGAAGGGUUGAGAUGAGGUUUUCAUCCAUGUUCAAUGGGCUUGCAAGGUCCCUGACGUUGAAGAAAGGGAGGAACAGUUCUGAUGAUGGGAGCUGUAGUGGGAUAGAAGCUGUGGAAGCCAUGGCUAAGGUGCCUAAGAAAACUGACUUGGUACUGAGAUCUUCUGGUACCUUGAAUGUACAGGGUUCUAGAAAUGCUUCUUCUGUUUUCUCGAAAAGAGGGGAGAAAGGAAUCAACCAGGAUAGAUUCAUCAUCUGGGAGGAGUUUGGAGGGCAGGAAGACAUGUUAUUCUGUGGUAUAUUUGAUGGGCAUGGGCCAUGGGGACAUUUUGUGGCAAAGAUGGUUCGAGAUUCAAUGCCAUCAACCUUGCUUUGCAGUUGGCAGGACUCGUUGGCCAAGGCUUCAGUCAAUCCUGAUUUUUGUUUGGACAGUGACAAAUUGCAAAGUAAGUUCAACAUAUGGAAGAGCUCUUACCUAAAGGCUUGUGCAGCUGUAGAUCAGGAACUGGAGCACCAUCCUAAAAUUGAUUCAUUCUAUAGUGGGACAACAGCCUUGACUGUUAUUAGACAGGGGGAAGCGAUUUAUAUUGCAAAUGUUGGAGACUCACGUGCUGUAUUGGCUACACAUGAGGAUGGUGGAAACCUUGCUGCAGUUCAGCUCACGGUUGAUUUGAAGCCUAAUUUACCUCAGGAGGCAGAGAGAAUAAUGCAGUGUAAUGGGCGUGUGUUCUGCCUGCACGAUGAACCUGGUGUGCACCGGGUGUGGCUGCCUGAUGUGGAAUCCCCAGGGCUGGCCAUGUCUAGAGCCAUUGGAGACUAUUGUGUGAAGCAUUUUGGACUCAUAUCUGUGCCUGAUGUCACACACCGGCAUAUAACAAGCAGAGACCAAUUCUUGAUUCUGGCAACAGAUGGGGUGUGGGAUGUCAUAUCCAACCAAGAAGCUGUGCGAAUCGUAUCAGAAACCCCAGACAGGGGGAAAGCUGCCAAGCGUCUUGUUGAAUGCGCGGGUCGCUCAUGGAAGCGCACAAGGAAAGGGAUUGCUAUGGAUGACAUUUCUGCCAUUGUAAUCUUCUUUGGUUCUUCCCCGUCUUGUGGGCAAACGGUUAGGAGUCGACAACAGCAACAAUAACAACCCAAAGUCGCAAAAGUAUACGGAGAAUUAUUUCCUCAAAAAUGGAAGGCCUUUUUGUACUAACAUAUCAGCUUCGCGGGAAAAUGGCGCUCUUGGUUCUUUGUGGGGUUGGUUAUACCAGUGUUCAUAUGGAAUACUUGUCUCCUAAUUGUGGGCUUUUGAAUUUGGUUCCGGAGGUGUACUCCAAGUGGUGAUGUAAAAGCUAAACAUCUCCCGUCAGAGUUAAUGAAUAAAGGAUAUGUUU